AUGAACAAGAGCAAGACACCGUUCUGGGGCAUGCCACAACCUCAACCUCGCCAAAGGGCACCCUCCAAGGUGAGAGUGAGGCAGAUACCUGUGCACUUCGUUGGGUCAGAGCGAAACAGAGCAGACUCUGCUACAAAGAUCCAGAAGGUUCUGAGAGGGUACCUGGUGAGGAAGAGCGUGAAGAAGAUGGUAGCAAUGAAGGUGGAGUUGGAGCAGAUUGAGACUAAUGUUCAUGCUCCUGAAACGGUGGAGAAGAUGAGGAAGGAGAAAAAAGAGAGGGUGAGGGUCGGUGAGAGCAUUAUGAAUUUGCUUCUCAGGUUGGACUCUGUUAAGGUUCUGCAUUGCUCUGCUUUGAGGGAUUGUAGAAAGUCUCUUAUCAAAAGAGCCAUUGCCCUUCAAGAAAUGGUUGAUCAAAUUGAGGGUACUGGUGAUUCUAUUGCUGAUUCUUCUGAGAUGAUGGCGGUGACUGAUUCUGCAGGUGGAAAAUUUGAAGCUUUGGAGGUAGAGGAGGAGAAGAAGAUGAAUGUGGAGGAGGAGGAAGAGGAUGGUGAGAAGGGUAAUUGUGUGGGGGCAGAGAGUGUGGAAGAAAAGUUAGUUGAGGAGGGUUGUUUGGUGAAGGAAGAGGAGGGUCAAGGUGGAUGUGAGGAACAUGAGGAAGGUCAACAAAUUGAAACUUUGAGGGAUGAAGAGAAGAUAGAGGAGAAUCCUUUGGUGAAGGAAGAGGAGGGUAAAGGUGGAUAUGAGGGUGGAGUUGUGUAUGAUGAGCAUGAACAAGGGAAGGAAAUUGAAGCUUUGGUGAAUAAGGAGGAGGAGGAUGGUGUGGCAGAAGAGAGUGUGGGAACAAGUUUGGUUGAAGAAGAGAAGGGUGAAGAAGUUGGGUGUGAGGAGGAAAAGGGGAAGGAUUGUGAGGGUGAGAACAGAGAGUUGUUGAAGAGGAUGAUGCAGGACAAUGAGAAGAUGAUGGGGAUGAUGGCACAGCUGUUUGAGAAGAAUGAGAAGCAGACUAAGCUUCUUAGCUGUCUAACACAAAGGGUGGAGAUGUUGGAGAGAGCAUUUGCUUGUGACAAGUUGAGGAGGAAGAAGAGAAGAAAUGUUGAUGCCAAACACAGAGAUCAUGACCCUAAAAAUGGAUGCUGCUGA